AUGGAUGAGGCAGUUCCGAUGUCAACCACUACCUCUAUGAAGACCAUAGAAGUUACGAGAAACCUAUUGGCCUCAUAUGGGUUACCUGAAGAGAUGGUAUCGGACAAUGGCCCACAGUUUACUUCUGCGGAAUUCAAGGAAUUCCUCCAAAAGAAUGGCAUUACGCAAACAUUGUCACCUCCGUAUCAUCCAUCUUCCAAUGGAGCAGCACAGAGAGCAGUUCAGUUGGUGAAAACAGCGCUAAAGAAACACAAGUUGGCAAAGAGAAAAGGUUCAGAGAACUUCUCAGUCAAGCAAAAGUUAGCAAGUUUCUUACUCACCUAUAGGGCAACGCCGCAUUCUGUUACUGGAGUCAGCCCAGCUGAGUUGUUCCUUGGGAGGAAAUUAAGAAUUAUAUUAUCUUUACUCAAACCGGACAUAAACAAGAAAGUACAGCAAGAACAACAGAAACAGAAGAUAGCACAUGAUAAAACUAAUUCUGUGCGUGAACUAGCUGUAAAUCAACCAUGUCGAGUGAGAAACACUGGGAAUGGAAAGGAAGAGAAGUGGAUCCCAGGUAGAGUGGUCAGAAGGUUAGGCCCCCUCGCAUACAUGGUAAGGGUUGGAACAAAGACUCGUUAUGUUCACAUUGAUCAUUUAGUACCAGCGCAAGACAACAUUCCACAUGUUCGGGUUGAGAAGUCCAGUGAAUUAGCAGAGACAAUCAUGACAGAUUUUAGUGAAGUACCAUAUGCAUUGUCAGCAGAGUUACCUGUGCAGGCCACACCUGUUCCAGAGACUGUGACAGAACCUGUUGGAGGUAAAUCACCAAGAAAACUGCGUCAUAAAGUUAGGACACCCAAGUGCAGUGACACCAAAUAUGGCAUUUACACAGAGACCCUGAACAAAACCGAUGUCCAGUUAAAAGACUGGAUCUGUGACUGUUGCAGAACGGUGUUAUAUUGA